AUGCACUUUACAACCAUCUCUUUUCUUACCCUUCUCCCACUCUCUACCAUCUUUGCACUUCCUACACCUCCCCAUCCUCGAGAGGUAGACGACGAUGCCAAGAUCAACGCUAUCGGUAGAGCAAUCGGUGCUAUCGGUAUUACUCAAGACCCCUCAACUACCUCAUACACCCCUUCCCUAUCUGAAGUAGGUAUCAAUGCGAUCGGUCGAGCUAUCGCUGUCAUUUCUGUCGAACCACCCUCUUCUUCCAGCACCUCAAAAGGAGUAGGUAUCAAUGCCAUUGGACGAGCCAUCGGUAUAGUCCCUAGCUCUAGUCCUACCCCAAUCCCCGAAGUCGGACCCAACGCAAUUGGCAGAGCCAUCGCUGUUCUCCCUGCACCAAGCUCAAAGGUCACGAUCGAAGCUAUCGGUCGAGCUAUCGCCAUCUCACCUUCCGAAGCGGUCAAGCCCAACGCGAUUGGAAGAGCUAUCGCUGCCGUCACAUCUGAAGCUGAAGAAGGAUCGACCAACGUACCUACACCCACAGUCGGAAUCAACGCUAUCGGAAGAGCUAUUGGUGUUGUUGCAGUAGAACCCUCCAGCGUUGGAGUAGACGCAAUUGGAAAAAGAGCUAUUGCUGCUAUUGGCGUUCAACCUUCAGGUGUUACGGUGGAUGCAAUUGGUAGGAGGGCUGUAGCUACUGUUAGUACGCAUCUCACUGGUGUGAAGGUGUAUGCGAUUGGAAGAAGAGCGAUAGCUGCUGUAGGAGGAGUAGGUGUAGAUGAAGCCACUAUGGGGGUGAAUGCCAUUGGUAAAUGA